UAUUUGUCGAAUUUUACGUUAUCAGCGUCACUUAAUGACACGUUCGUCGAUUGGGAUCGUAAACGAGUGUAGUGAAGUUUCUUCUCAAAACGAAAAACGUUACAAAUAGAGGCGCGUCACAAGGAAAAACUCGAUCUGGCACGAGAACGAAAAGGAAGACGCGCCCGUGCGCACCAAUGGCGGCCACCGACCCUUAUUUACUGAAGUCAAAAUGGCUGCCCUUCGGCGUUUCACACGUUCGGAACUUUCAAAUAUUAUUCUUCGUUCUUGUGGCGAAUAUAUUUCAUUGAAUAGAGAUUUACCGAUUAUUACGCAGAAAAGAUGGGGAAAAUACAAAGCUUCACCUCAAUAUACAGAAUCUUCUAAAUAUACGGAUUAUGAAGUAACAAAAGAUCCUCAAGAAUGGGAAUGUGUAGAACGUUUACUUAAACCGAAAUCUAUACCUAUACCUUGCUUAGAAAAUAAAGAAUAUCCAUCUGGAUGGAAACCACCAGUUUCCAAACCGCAAAAAUAUCCUUAUUAUAUACAACGUACAAAAAACUAUAUGCAACCUGUCUAUCUUGAAAUUUUUCAUCGAGGAUUACGAAGAAUAACUACUGUUCGUAAAAUUCAUGGAAAUAUCUGGAUACUUGAAACUGAAUUAAAGGAAUAUUUAGAAAAAAAUGUAAAAAAACCAAUUGGUGUUCGUACUAAUGAACUAUCUGGUCAAAUUCAAUUCAGAGGAGAUUAUGUAAAUCUCAUUAAAACAUGGAUGAAUGAAAAAGGAUUUUAGAUAAUGUAAAAUCUUAUAAUGUAAUGCUUUUUGUAAAUAUAAAGAGAAUAUUUUAUUAUUAUAAUUAUUUAUAAUUAAAACUUGAAAAUAAAUAAUGAAAAUAAUUAUAUUUUUGGAUUUAAAAUAUUUGUUGUUUAAUAUACUCGUAUAAAGUGUGUGAAAUGUAGAAAUUUAUUACUAGUAAUUGAAAAAUUAACAACUUCAUUUUUGUAAAAAUAUGCAUUAUAUUUAAAACUAUAGUUCACACAAAUUAGUAUAUGGAAGAUGAAUUAUAGUACGUGUAGCAGCAUACUUAAGUGCUAAAUGUAUUUAUAAUUUUCUGUUUCUAUCAAAAAUCAUGCUAUAUGCUUUUUUAUUAAACAAUAACAAAUGAAUAAGGUAACUUCUUAAUUCUAAUAAAUUAUUUUU